AUGUCAAGGAACAGGACCAAAGAUCUCAAAUCGCUGAACACCAUGAAUUGUACUGCAACCAAAGAGGAUGGAAAGCGCAGUGUCGCCGACUGGUUGACUUCCAUUGGAGUAUCUCUUACUUUCUUAGGCUUCUUGGGCUCCAUGUCACUCCUGUUCAAUAUUGGCAAGACGAUCUUCAUCUUCUUCUCUCUGCACAGCAGAAUCCCGGCCGCCCCUAGGGAGUACUUUGCCUGGAUUAUUCCCGACUUCGUUAGGGGGACUGUGACUGUGAUACACUCGACCCCCUCGCUUGCUCAGCCAGGUCUCUGGAGCCCAAGCCAAGUCCGUUUCGUGUCCAUACCAGCCACUGUCAAUUGCGCUUCUCAACAGUCAAAAAGGAUCUCAAACACUACCGGGCCUCUGAUCACUACUGAGAGAGCUCUGGAAGAUGGCAGAAUACGGGCCAGAAAUCCAAUUCGGCCUUCCGCAUUACUUGAACCAGAGCUAUCGCCUUCUCUACUCCUCACGGCGAAGCAUGCAGACACGACUAUUCCUGCAAAGAGAAGACUCCACACACACUGGAUGCACAUCCGUAAGCUGCGCUUGACAUCCAGAGCAAGUCCAGAAUCGGUGUUCUCCGAAGACGAGCAAGAACGCUACGUCGUGGAUCUUGACUUGCGCACAAAACCCAUGCUUCUUGCCAUGGAGUGGCCACAGUUCCUGUGGUUUGUCCUUGCCUUGGGGGUCAACACUUACUGCCCAGAGUUCGAGGCUUUAGGCUCUAUAUUCGAGUCUGACAGUCAGGAAGCAGACCUCCAGUCCGCUCUGACACUGGCAUCAACCAGCACCACGAUGGGACGUAUAAUCAAAGUAAGCUUGAUUGACAACAAGCUUGUUGGCGAGCUCUUCCCGAAGGCUCUGCAUUACAAUCUCCAAGCAGCACUUGCAUUCGACAACAUAAUGGUCUGGUCUGAAGAACAAACUGGUGGGCGAACCAAAGGUCCCGUUCAGACUUUCUGUCGAUCACUUGCAGCUGACAAGUCCAGCAUGAUGAGACAUAUAACCGCAAUCGGAUCUACACUUGAGCUCAAGGAUUUCAAGCCUUCUCAAGGUAUAACGGGAUCUACUGUGUCUGACUGUGGCAAAGAUUCUACUCUAGCAGCGACCUGGCAGUGGCUGGCCUACACCAUGUAUCUCCUCAAGUUCAAUCAACCAGCGCCAGUAAACGAGGAUCUAGUCGAAGUGCGGGAACGCAUCAUCUUGGAACUGGCACAGCUUAGUGAGGCAGACAUGGAAGCGCGAUGGGACCGUCUCAAGCGGGAUACCGAUGCCCCUGCGUCUCUCAUCACUUCGCUGAAAGAUGUCAUGCUCAGCACCACGAAGAGCUCAUCCUACGUAAGCGAAUCCAUCCGGCUUAGUAGUCUCUGGGACAAGAUGGCGACUUCUUGCAAGACCUUGGUCAACCAGUUAAGGCCAGCGGUCGACGAAGCCGUGGCAGUCGACAACACGAAGAACAGUGUGCGAUUGCAUUGCGAUGAGUUCGGUGACUUGAAAGCAGCCAUUGACAAACAGAUUUCUACCAUCAAGACGUACGAUCUGGUAGAACCGAACGACUGUGCCUCGCCGUCGGUUGAGGAGCGCAGCAAACUGCUUGAACGCCUACAAAGGCUACCAGUGUGGGAAAAACUUCAGCACGACACUUCUUGGCACAAUAAAGCCGACUGGUCACACCUUGACCUCGAGGCUCUCGACCGAUAUAGGAGGUUUGCCACGAUAUGCAUAGUCAUCGCACCAUGGAACCGACGGCAGUGGCCCGUAUGGCGACCCAUCAAGAAGGCACGACGCCACUGCUCCGAAUUGACUGAGAUUCUUGAUGAUCUCGGGAAGGAUGUUGUACAAGAUCGCUGCGCAUGGUACGAACUGAUCGAUAGACUUUCGGAGGGCUCUAUUCAGCCUGGUGCAAAGGUAUUCGAGUUCGGAGGGUUUGAAGCUCCGGACUCGCCUGUGCGAAAGCUGAUGAGGGGCCUCGAGAGAUCGGCCCCGGACAGAGUGGUGUAUGUACGCUGA